AUGGAUCCAACACAGAAAACACCUCUGCAACACAACUCCACGCUAUUCAUCUCGCCGCAUGUAACGCGAAAGGUGGACGUGUUUGUCACGCCGCCAAAUCCUCACAAUAAUCUCUUUGAGACACCUGGGUCCCUGCUGUCGCUGUUUUUCAAUCCCGAGAACGUCACUGGAGAAGCUCCAAACCAACUUGAACAUCCAUCAUUGGGAGCCACCGAAGAGCCCCUCUCAAGAGCAGAGAAAUUGAGAUUGUGGCGGCAUGACGCUUUUAUGCAACAUCAAUAUGAGACUGCUGAAUACAUCGGUGACAAGAUCCUCUCACUCACGAAUGAUCCAAAUGAUGCAUUUUGGCUAGCACAAGUGCAUUUCAAUCGUGGCGAUUACCUUCGAGCAUACAAUCUACUAACAAGCAAGCCAGAGUACGAGCAAUCGCUCGCAUGUAGGUAUCUUUGCGGUUACUCAUUAGUCAAAUUAGAGCGAUGGGAUGACGCACUCGAUGUCUUGGGUGAAACGAAUCCAUUUAGAGACCAACCAUACAAAGCACGCACUGUUGAGCGUGGUACAAGACUCGAGGCUUCAAUGUGCUAUUUACGUGGUCUCAUCUAUGCCAGUCAAACCAAUUUCGAGAGGGCCAAAGAGGCCUACCAGGAAGCUGUAAUGGUGGAUGUCAAGUGCUACGAGGCUUUCAAUGAGCUCAUCAAUAACGAUUUUAUGACUCCAGCAGAGCAGUGGGAAUUCAUUAAUCAGCUCAAUUACGCCGAUGCGGAAGACAACGAUGAGCUUGUCAAGCUUCUCUACACAACAAAACUCAGCAAGUAUAUGAACUUGGAAAAAUUUGAAGAGGCUGAGACAAUUCUCAAAGACGAAUAUCGCUUGGGAGAUAAUACUGACGUGCUUCUCAGUCGUGUGAACAACUUCUAUGUACGAUGUAACUACGAUGAGUGUUGUGCCUUGUGCGAGAAAUUAUUGAAUGAUGACCCUUAUAACUUCAAUAUCUUAGCGGUAUACAUAAGUUGUCUUUACGAGCUUGGCGGCCGGAACAAAUUGUUUUUACGCGCCCAUCAAUUGGCUGACAACCAUCCAGCCCAUCCGCUUACGUGGUUUGCGAUUGGAACCUAUUACUUGUCCAUAGGAAAGGUUCUAGAAGCGCGCAAGUUUUUUGGCAAAGCCAAUAUGUUGAAUCCGAAUAUUUGUCAUGGAUGGAUUGGCUUUGCUCACACCUUUGCGAUUGAGAAGGAGCAUGAACAGGCGGUCAGUGCAUAUGCCUUCGCAGCACGUCUCUUUCCAGGCAAUCAUUUUCCCAAUCUCUUUUUGGGCAUGCAGCACGUUGCAAUGAAAAGUUUUAAUUUGGCAGAGGAAUAUCUAUUGGCUUCCUACGAGAUCUGCAACACUGACCCUUUACUUUUGAAUGAGUUGGGCGUGGUUCAUUACCACAAGAAAUCUUGGCAUCAAGCCGAGGCUUGUUUUAGAGAAGCAUUGGGUGCUGCCAAAUAUAUCAAUUCUGAUUCAAAGUCAUGGAUUUCGAUCCACGUGAACCUUGGUCAUGUGUAUCGCAUGGUGGGAGACUACCAUAAAGCAAUGGAUUGCUUCACUCAAGCAUUAAAGUUGAGUCCAAGAAAUGACAGCAACAUCUUUACAUCAAUUGGUUUUGUGCAUUUGAAGCUCAGGGAUGAACACAAAGCAAUAGAAUUCUUGCAUGAGGCUUUGGCUGUCAAUCCAUCCGACACAAUUGCAGCAGAUCUUCUCAAACGGGCUCUUGAGUCCAACAGUCUGAAAUCCAAUGCAUUCAUGCAAUCUAUGAAUCAGAAUAGUCCCGAUUUGAGCCAAUCGGUUAACAUAAUGAAAGCGUGGAUGGAUCGCAAAAUGGAUCACCCGAUCACAUCAAUUUCAGAAAACAUAUUGGACACGCCAUUGAUAGGGCAAUCGAGAUUCCACGUUCAUCGUAGGGACCCAAACUCAGAGCAUGAUGUGAAUGAGCUAGCUGAGCAGCUUCGAAGAGGCGAAGACUCGAGUGGAGAAGAAAUAAUGGAAAUUGAAAGCGAAUGA